GAUUUGAAGAGUAAAUUGCCAGAUAGAUAUGUUUGGGGCAUCAAAAAGCCUUUUUCUGAAGUUGCUCUCCAGACGAGAGAAUCCCUAAACAGGCCCUAUUUUCCUCUGCCACUCUCAAUCCUCGCAGAGGACGAGGGGAAGAGGGAGUGAAGAUGCAGCAGAGGAAAUCUGCUUCUUCCUUUGGGAGGCCAUCGGGAACUGAUGGUUCCGAUUUCUCCUAUCGCAUGGUGGUUGACUCAAGGUAUACGAAGGUAGCUAAAGGAAAAUCUCGUCUCCAUGUGUUGAUCAUUGCUCAGGCUAUCAUUCAUUUGAUAGGUGGGCUGAGCAGAUUUUUAUUAUCAACCUCGAAGGAGGGUCCUGAUAAGCUUGCUAUUGCAACGGUUGCUCUUGGUUUCAUUUCUCUUGUAAUUGGCGAAUUGGGCCAAAGACGCAGCCGAGAGAAUUUUCUGAGAUUGUACAUGAUCACAUCAUCUAUUGCGUUUCUUCUCUCAACUGCUUUUGUUGUUCAGAAAAAUUCAUUAAUAGAGGUUCUCCAAGACAUGAGUGGCGGGGAAAUGAAGUUGUUUGAACUUCUUGAAAUUGGUUAUGUUGUGCUCGGGUUUCUUCUACAGAUAUCUACAAUUAGUACGAUAAUCACUCUUAUCUGGAACAUGUCCCCACCCAAGAAAGCUUCUUGAUUGCUUUGUCUAACCUCAGAAUCAUUUUCCAUGUAACAAUGAGAGGACACUUGCACUUUUCAUUUUUCUUUUCUUGUUCUCUUUUUUGUGUAUUAGAAAUUUCAUAUGCGAAGAAAUAAUUUAUUGGGCAUCUUUCCAAGACCCUUGUUUGCUGAGCAUAUUGCAUUAUAGAAUUAGUUUUUGCUUGUGAUCA